GCAAGAACAGCGGCAGCUGCCUCAGCAGGAGGCGGACGACGACGACGAAGCGGAGUCCUCCUGGGAGGAGCUGCCGCCGCCGCCCGCGCCCGCCAGCUCCAGCUCCAGCUCGAGCAGCACUGCCGGGACCUGGAGAGAGGGAGAGAUGCUGGGCGCCGCGGCCAGCGCGGGGGCCAAGCCAGCCAAGCCGUCCUUCGUUUCCUAUAUCAGCCCUGAGGAGGUAUAUGUAAGGGAACCCACAGAAAAGGAAGUAGAUCCUCACUUGUUGCCAGGUGAACUGCUGCUUUGUGAAGCAAACAUGGUUUUGAAGUAUAUAAAAGAUGAUGGAUCCAAUCGUGGUACUUACGGGAAACUUAUAUGCACCAACUUCAAGAUUUCAUUCCUUGGUGAAGAAUCUGCUUUGGAGGAUGAACCACAAUUCAAGAAUGCAAUUGUUGGGGAAAAUGACAUCACUCUUCAAUGUGUAGAUCAGCUUUAUGGAGUUUAUGAUGAGAAAAAGAAAUCUCUAUAUGGUCAACUGAGAAAAUACCCAGAGACAAUAAUAAUUUACUGCAAAGAUCUCAGAGUGUUUCACUUCUGUUUGAGAUACACCAAGGAGGAAGAAGUUAAAAGGAUCGUCAGUGGCAUUGUUCAUCAAACGCAGACUCCUAAGCUGUUUAAACGCUUGUUUCUAUUCUCUUAUGCAACAGCUGUACCAAAUGCUACAGAAAUAAAGACUCAAACAAUGAUGUUUGAUUCUAUUAAGGACUGGCGUCAAGAGUUGGAGCGUACCAAAGGAAACCUAAAAUUCAAAGCAAUGAGUGCCAAUGAAGGCUACAAAAUCUCUAAGAGAUUGCCAGCAUACUUUGUUGUUCCCAUGGCUGUCUCUGAAGAGUGCAUUUUGCAGUAUCAAGGAAGAGGAAUUCCUAUCUGGUGUUGGUCUUGUCAUAAUGGUGCUGCUCUUCUCAAGAUGUCUACUUUCCCCAAAGAACAAGAUGAUAAUGCUUCACAAAUGCAUAGACAUUUCUUGGAUGGAAUGUAUAAGACCAUUGAUAAGCCUCCUUAUGAAGCCAUGAAAAUUGAUGACCUUUCGAACAGUCUUCCAUCUCUGCAAGAGAUCCAAGUUGCAUAUAUUAAAUUUAAGCAGCUGUUUCUAAUAGAUAACAGUGGAGACUUCUGGGAUACUGAUGUAAAAUGGUUUUCAUUACUGGAGAGUACAAAUUGGCUGGAAAUCAUAAGGAGGUGUCUGAGAAAAGCAGUAGAGGUUAUUGAGUCACUAGAAGCACAGAAUACAAAUGUUCUCCUUAUAGAGGAAAAUGCUUCUGAUCUAUGUUGUGUGAUUACUUCUCUGGUUCAAGUUAUGAUGGAUUCAUACUGCAGAACAAAAUUGGGAUUUCAAAGCCUUAUUCAGAAAGAAUGGGUUAUGGGAGGACAUGCUUUCUUGGAGCGAUGUAACCAUUUGCGGCAAAGUGAUAAAGAGGAGGCACCAGUUUUUUUAUUCUUCUUGGAUUGUGUAUGGCAAUUGGUUCAACAAUAUCCAGCAGCAUUUGAGUUUACAGAGACUUAUCUAACUGUCCUGUCAGAUAGUCUUUACAUACCUAUAUUUAGCACCUUUUUCUUCAAUUCUCCACAUCAGAGAGAGAUGGCCAUGUAUGGGGGAAGCCUUGAUACACAAGGCAGCAAACUUAGUUUUCUUUCAGUUUGGGAUUGGUCUGUGCAGUUUGAACCUGAUGCGCAAGCUUUGCUUAGCAAUCCUCUUUAUGCGGAAAAGCCAAAACUAGAUAAAAAUCAAAGGAAAACAACACGAUUCAAGCAUCAGCGACAGCUUUCUUUGCCACUAACACAAAGCAAGCCUCCUCCAAAAAAAGGCUUUUUUAAAGAAGAAACUGAUCAGUUAAUUAAAAACCUUCUGGGCAAAAGGAUCAGCAGGCUGAUAACGUCUUCUGAUGAACUUCAGAAUAAUUCUAGAGAGUUCUAUGAUAGUUGGCACAAUAAACCUGCCGAUCUCCAUGGACUGCUUUUGCCACGCCUAGAAGGACCAGAAAUCAAAGUGUGGGCACAGAGGUAUUUACGAUGGAUCCCUGAAGCUCAACUUCCAGGUGGUGGCACAGUUGCUACUGCAACAAAAAUCUUAGAUAUGAUGGAGAAUGUGCGGAGCUUGCAAAAGAAAAUAGAUGAAAAGCAAAGUCAGAUUGUAUCUGAUGACAAUGCAGCAACAUCUCCCUUCCAGAGGAAUCCUGCUCGCUUAUCAUCCUUAUUUCCAUUUGCUAUGCAUCAAAGACAUUCCCUCAAACCAAUAUUACCUACCAGCACUUGGAAAGACUUGGAAGGUGAGGAAGACUUGGCCAGGAGAGAUGAUGAGUAUGUGGAUUUAAGUGUAGACUGUGACACUUCUCAAUUGUAGAAAUGAACGUACUGGCACACUUCUGUCGAAAUGCCUGCAUAAAAGUGGCUUCCUAGCAGUAGGCUUUUUCUUUUCACUCUGUUUUGACUAGAACUAACCAUGAAAGCCAUUAGCACAGGAAGGUCGCACCUGAACACUUAAUACAUUGUUCAGAUGAGUUUUUAAUCUUUUACCCCCAUGCCUUUGCUUAUAUAGCUGUCAUCUGUAGAGCCCUAUUGAAAAAUAAGGUAAACCAAUGCAUUAUGUCUGGAUUUUCCUCCUGAAGAAAUGGAGCAGUGGUUGCAGAUUGCCGUAGGGCCCUCAAUGACUGCUUUGGAGUUUCAGGAUAGAUUGGAUAAAAUGGGAGGUUGCACUGGGAGCUGCAGAUAGAAUUUAAACAUUGCCUUUGCCCCUUCCUCCACUUGAAGGCUCUAGAUCCAGCCUCAAAAAUAUAAGAUCAUGGAAAAAAAUUAAGAUAUUAGGGAUUUUCACAGAAAGUAUACAAGCAUGCUUGUUCAAGCAUAAAGGUUGAUGUUCUCAGAAAUAUCCAUCACUAUUUGAAAAUGGCCUAGACUUGGAUAUAAUUGUGUGUUAAAAUGUAUAGAAAAAGUUGCACUAUUUGUGAAACACAGCUUUCUAAGUCAGAUACAAUUUUUGAAGAGCCUCAAACCUGCCAUGUUCAUGUUCAUUUUUUUCUUUUUAAAAUCAAAAUGGAGAAAUAUAUAUGUAUCAGAUAUCCUACUUGUUAUCCAUCCUCUGCAAAAUGAUAAGUCAUAGUGGUAUCAUAGUGCAUUUGCCUGUGUUAAGUUCUUUGUAUUGAUAAUCAAAAGUCACAAUUUCUUCUCUGCCUCACCAAUCUGUUUCCAUUCUGUGUACUUUGCUGUCUUGGUGUGUGAAUUCCUGGUUACAUACUGUCAAAUACAAGAAGAGGCAGAAUUUAAAGAAGUUAAUAAGUUAAAGUAGUUCUUCCAUAUAGUAUAAGUUGCUCAUAUGGACCUUCUUCAUUAAUGCCAGUAAUUUGCACUGAGUUUUAAAUCCUGUUAGGAAGAGCAACUAAAGAGCUGUAUUCAGCUGUGAAACUGGAUUUGUUAUCUAGUACUUUUGUCUGUGUGUGUGCGUGUUUGUUUAUAAAAAUGGUGUUAAAGCUAACUAUGAAUGUAAAAAGUUUGAGCAUUGGAAUUGGGUUGCUGGAUAUUGACAUGACAGUACCUCAGCCAUAUAAAGCCAUAUGGAAAAUGCCUAUUAAAUUUUAUCAGCCUGUUCUAAACAGAUAGUUCAACUUUGAAAAUAAACUUUGAGAAAUCAAGAGGAUGAUGCAUGAACAUACAAACAGCCAGAAGUUGUGCUCAAAUUAGAACUAACAGGUCCUUCUUUCUGGAGGGAUGGAUGUUAACUGAAACAGUAUAUAAGUGAUGGUUGAAGUACCCCCCCUGCCCCAUGAGUCUGGGCAUAAUUAAGCAUUGCCUUAGAUUAGAUUCAUGUGUACAGCAAGCUAAGAUUAUUAUCCCAGCACAAUUUUUUAAAGGGUAACAAGUUGGUAUAGAUGAAUGCCAAAUAAAAACCUCUGAAGUCCAUGUUGCCUUAUGAAUCUUGUUGCUGUGAGCUCCUUGGGCUUUCAGUAUUUUUGAAACACAGUACUUGUAUAUGAGCCUUUUGAAAGCUAGCAUUGCACACUUUUUUCUCUGCAAAUGUCUUCAGCAUUUCUGUAAGUUUCUUGACAGUUCAGACAUUUUAUAGCUCCUUGAAUUAGGAUUUAAAUUCACUUAAACACUAAUGUUUCAUAGCCUUUUUUAAAACAUUGUUUAAGAAAACAGUUGUAAAUAUAUUGAUUAUGAAAAUGUAUUUAUAUUUAAGCUGUUAAGUAUUGUAUAUUUCUAGGAAACUCACAAAUGGAUAUAUGGAGGGAUUUUUAUGGUAAAUUAUGGAAUUGCUCCACUCUUACAAGAAUGGGCAUGGUAUUGAGAUGAUUAUCAGAAUGCAGCACUAUCUGAAUGGAAAUAUGUUAAUUUACUGUACUGAUUUUUUUCAGGUAUUCUAUUUAAGCCUCCAAGUUUUUACACUGAAUAACAAGCUAAGCUUUAAAAACACUUAAUGAAAAUCUUCCUGUUAACUCUUAAUAUACUAUUUGGGCAAAUGCAUUUGUUAAUAAAGUGUAAUUUUACUAUUUUUAACUUGGAAAAUCAUCUUUGAAUCAAAAUAGUUGAAAGUUUUGUGCUUCUUGCUUGUUCUUGUUGUUCAUAUUAUUUCACAAUAAUGAAACAGGAAUGCAUCUUCAGAGGGGACCUCUGAAGAUGCCAUUGGCUAAAUCAGGGGGGCUGUCCUUGAAGACUGUUCAGAAGCUGCAGCUUCUGCAAAAUACAGCAGCCAGACUAAUUACAAGGAUCAAAUGGUUUGACCAUAUGACACCAAUUCUGGCCUGCUUGCCCUGGCUGCCUGUAUGCUUCUGAGCCCAAUUCAAGGUGCUGGUUUUACGCUAUAUAGUCCUGUAUGCCUUGGGACCACAAAACCUGAUGGAACACCUUUCCCAACCGCCAUCUACCCAAACAUUGUGAUGGAACUUUGCAGCUUGGCUCUGACUCCCACCUCUGAAGGAGGUUUGAUUAGUGGCAAAAAGAAGGACCUUUUCUAGUGGUGGCCACCCUAUUAGGGAAUGAGCUAUCCAUUGAGGACUGCUUAAUGCCAGGUUAAGACUGUCCACUACCUCAGAGCACUUUAUUUACUGCAGCUUUGUUAGCUGCAUAAUCAGAUUCCAAGAUUUAUUUAAGUUAUCAUUUAAAUUUGGGUUUAAACUCUGUAUAGCAACCUUUUGUUUUAAUAAUGUGCUGUAUUUUGGAUUAUAUUUUUGAUGGAUUGUUGUAAAGUGCUCAGAGAGCUUCAGCUACUAGGCAGUAUAAAUAAAUGGCAACCUGGAAAUAUGACUAAUCUUAACUAUCCUGCAAUUCAGAAAGCCAAAUCAUAAGCCAUAAUUGGACAAAAUAAACAAAAACUAUUGAUAC